CGGGAUCCCACGCAGUUCGUUCUGCGCAAUUCGCCCUCCCUGUCUGCCGGUGACGACGGCGAGGCCAAGGACCAAGAUCGAGUAAAGAGGCGAGGAAAAGGCGGAGGCGGAGGAGAAGAAGCAAGAAUUGAAGACGAUGACGACGACGACGAUGACGAUGCCGGUGCGCUGCUUCACCAGACUGUGCUACACCUGCAGAGUCCGACAAUCGCGACGACGUUCAUUCGAAGUCCACCGUUCUCGGCACGGGGAAGCCUGCUGGGAGCCCAGACUCUCGAGCUCGCCAUUCCUCUUCCCUUUGUGCAUUUCCAGUUUCGUCCGCUGGGUCGUCACCUUCCCUUUCUCGUCGAGGUAGGCCUCAAGGAUGCCCGAGGUCAGCAUGCGCGAAUACGAGCCAGCAGCUUCCAGACUACUCCGGCCCUCUACCCAGCUGAGGCGCCUGUGAAAGGGUACAGAGGCGAUGAUGGCGAUGACGAAGACGGAAAUGGCAGACAACAUCACUUGGCAAGGGAGCUGUCACUGCGUAGAGGACCUUUGCUCCAUCUCCCUAUAGACAUGCCAAGCCGAGCUCCGCUGUCGAGCGGCGGGUCUGAGUCGCGUGUCGUCGUCCUCACGACGUGGUCCACCUUGUCCUUACACCUUUCCCACCUGCUCGGUCACUUCAACAACGCCUCACUCAUCCCACCCUCAGCUGCCCCCACUUUGGGCAGGUCGGCUACCGUGCCUAUCCCGCAGACCUUUUACGGCUUUCAAUAUAUAACCUACGUCCAAGUCCACGCGAAUUGCCGCCUUCGCCGCAUUUGGUGCGACGAAGGAGCCGGUGAGACUGGCCGCGACGAGUUCCGCCUCUUUACCUCGACACCGUCCUCCUGA